CUGAUCGUCCAAAGAAGAGAAAAACGUAAACCCACCAAAUUUGAGGUAGCCAUGCAAGGCUUCACAGGAUUUCUUGGAGAAGAAACUAAGAAAACCACUGAUACAAGUAUUUCAUUUCAAAAGCAGUUGUUGACUUUGGAAACUAAAAGGCUUCAGUUUGAGAAAGAAGAAAGAGAGAGAGAGCAACAACACGAGAUGAGAAUGAUGCAUAUGUUUGGAAACCUGAUUAACCAAAGUACACAACCACCACAGCCGAGUAACAAUUCACCAGUGUAUACUAAUCUCACCAAUUCUAAUCGCUCACUAGGCUUUGAGUACUCGUUGUAUGGCCACAAGUGA